UCACCACAAUUAAAGGCUCUGGUCUUCUAAACAAACUUUCAUCUCUCGAUUUUGAGUCAGAUGCCUUAAACUCACUCUCCGCUUCUCUAAACCAGAAAUGGCAUCGUUUUACAGAUCGGCAAUAACGGCAACCUCAAGGUCCCUGGCAUCUCGAUCCAAAACGGUAGCUCAGAAAACACUAAACGCAAAAUCCAUGUCUUCUCCUUUCACUUCAACACCAACACGAACUGUCCUUGCCUCUUCAAGGGUUGUUUCAGUUCUAGGGAGUGUGGAGUCACUGAUGCCACUUCACAAUGCAAUUGCAAAUGCUAGACUCAAAUCUAGCAUCGCUGUUGAUUCUUCUUGCUGGAGCUGGCUCUCUCGAGAUUUUGCAGUUCCUCGGUGACAAGACUCGGGUCAUUUCAAACCAAAUUGGGUUGCAUUAGAACAGUUUUUCUUCCCCUAACGUUGGUUCUUCUUUUUGACAUCUCAUUUCCAUUCGUGGCAAUUGCUUGAUGUAAGUCAUCUCUUGGCCAGGAUUAUUUACUUCUGUGGGGUUGAUGUAAUACUGGUGGUGUUAUCAUCUCUCACAAAACAGAGAUUUGGUUUUCUUAUUUCCAAGUAGCACCUAUUCACCUCAUUAUGUGCAUGAGCUGGCUUGAUUGGAGCGAUUCAUGUCUGAACGGGAGGAUGACCUGCAUACAGUAAUCACACCGAUAGACGCAAUUUAUUACAUUAUCGUUUAUAUGUCUGAUACCUGUCUCGCAGUAGUUGAUGUUCAAGAGUUUUUUUCA